AUGGUUGACCGUCGCUGGCCCUUUGUGAUCUGCUCACUUCAGGCUGCGAUCGCGCUGCUCAUGGUCACUCAGUACUGCUCAUGGUUCGCCAUCAGAGACCAGUCGCUAGGCACGGUGAGGGCAGCCGACGGAGCAUGGAGGCACCAAGCCUCCAACGGCGCGUCGCGACGAGCCGACUGGCCGACGAGCGUCUCCAUCCUUCGCGUGCAAGUUCCAACAGCGCCCAUCUCCAACCUGUCAACGCACUCCGUCUCGUGCCCCAUCUUCAGCGGUCCGGGCUACGACGCCAAGAGGCACAAGUCACACGACGUCAGUCUGCCCGCCUUUGAGGCGCCGUUCGAGUCGACGCCGCGCCCGCCUUUGCUGGCGGUAGACGCGAUCCCGCUUUCGGACGUGCGCCUGCUCGCUGGCAGCGCCUUCCACGCCGCCUUCGAGACGAACCUCGCAUACCUCAAGCUGCUCUCGACCGACUCUCUGCUGCUCGCGUGGCGGCUGACCGCGCAGGGAGGCAAGUGGUCGCCCGGCUCGCUCCGCCUGAUGGGGUGGGAGCACACCGGCUCCGAGCUGCGCGGCCACUUCCUUGGGCACUGGCUCUCGGCCUCGGCGAUGGCCUUCGCCGCCACUCGCGACGCCGAGCUGCGCCACCGGAUGACUGAGGUCGUUGAGGAGCUGGGCAAGCUCGCCGCCGCCCACGGCAGCGGCUACCUCUCCGCCUUCCCGCCCUCAUUCCUCGACCGACUCGAGGCGAUCACGCCCGUCUGGGCGCCCUACUACACUCUCCACAAGUUGCUCGCAGGGCUGCUGCAGCAGUACUCCCUCGCUGGCAGCCACAAGGCGCUCGAGAUCGCCGAGGCGCUCGGCGAAUACAUUGGCAAGCGGGUGCGCCGACUCGCGGCAGAGAAGGGACUGGCGCACCAGUUCAAGACGCUCAACCAAGAGUGCGGCGGCAUCAACGAGGCUCUCUCAGAUGCGCUGUGGCACCUCGCCUCCCUCACCGGCAAGGCGGAGCACCGCGCCACCGCCUCCCUCUUCGACAAGCCGUGCCUGCUCGGACCUCUCGCCGCCGGACAGGACGCGCUCACAGGCAUGCACGGCAACACGGCCCUCGCUCUGAUGCUCGGCGCUCAGCGGCGGUUUGAGGUGACUGGCGAGGCGCACUUCACCGCCCUCACGCAGCGCUUCGUCGAUUUGGUCGUGAGCAAGCGCUCGUACGCCACGGGAGGCUCCACGCACAACGAGCUGUGGGAGGCUCCCGGCCAGCUCGGCCACACGCUGGCGCACGGCGGGGCGCGGCACGAGCACGCCGAGAGCUGCACCACGCACAACAUGGUCCGGCUGGUCGGCAUGCUGCUGAGGGCGAGCGGCGGCGCACUCGCGUACGCCGACUUCAUCGAGCGCGCCUUGCUCAACGGCGUCCUCGGCACGCAGCGCGGCAGCGAGCCGGGAGCGAUGCUCUACUUCAUGCCGCUCGGCACCGGCGUCUCAAAGCGCAAGCCGCAGAGCUGGAGGCACUCUGGCUGGUCGACACCCUUCGGCGACUUUUGCUCAUCGCCGCGCGCUUGCGGUGGCGCCGCGCCGGGCUCGUUCUCGUUCUCGAGCGCCCUCCACCCCGCCGCCACGCCCGGCCUCAAGCUGCGGGUGGAGAGGGCGGCGGCCGAAGGCGUGCACGCCGCCAUCGCCUUCCGAAGUGGCAGCCUGAUGCGCGUGGAGCGAACUUGGCGCGAGGGUGACGAGGUCUCUCUCUCGCUGCCCGCCUCGCUGCGCACCUCUCGGCUGCCCGACGAGCGACCAAAGUACCGCCGCCUCUUUGCGCUCCUCCACGGCCCUGUGGUGCUCGCCUGCGUCGGCUGCCUCCGCCCGCUGCUACCGGGAGGCACCGAGGCGGAGCUGCUGGAGAUGCUCGAGCCGGUGCCUGCGGCCGCCUCGGCGCAGCUGCGCACGCUGCGGCGAAUCGAGGAGCGGGGCGCACCGCCGGGCACGCUGCUGCUGCACGCGGAUCGGCUGUGGCUGCGCGAGGGCAGGCUUCCCGCGCUGCCGCUCUCGCGGCGGCGUGGCGGCAGCGACCUCGCGGGCGUGGUCACCUUGCGCGAGGUUGCAGGCUUGGGCGGUGGGGACAACCUCGUCUCCUUCUCUCCCUUUGGCAGGCCGGGCUGCUGGCUGGCGGCGCCGCAGGGCGGAUCGGGCGGGCAGGUGGAGCUGCUCUGCCUCCACCGCGGCGUGCAGCCUUCUCCGGAGCAGGCGAGGCGCGCUUCGUGGAGGCGGCACGACCCGCUGCUCGCCGCGGCGCACGGCUCGCCGCACUUGCGAGGAUGCGCGACACGCGGCUUCCAGAGCUACGAGUCGCUCCACGCGCCGGGCUGUUUCCUCUCGACCGCCGCCGGCGCAGAGGCGGGCGCGAGCAGCGCCACGGGCUACGAAGUGGGCGACGAGCUGGCGACGCGCCUCACGCCGGUGACGCUACAGCGCAAGCCGUCCGGCGAGAAGGAGGUGCCGGCUGUGAAGCGGUUCGCCGCGCUGAGCUCGUUUGAGGAGGCGGUGGGAGCGGCGAGCUACCCGGCGGCCGCCUGGUUCUUGCGCCCUUCCCCGGGCCGGCCGGAACUCGCCUCGGCCGUGGUGUGGCCGCUCUCUGAGGUCAUCGACGAGACGUACUCGGUGUAUUUUGAUCUCCAGUAG